CUGACCAUUCGUAAACCAAAAUCGUCAUUGCGAAUUUUACCUGUUACACAUUUCGCGCUACGAAACCCGGUUGAACAUAAAAUGUGCUGAUUUUUUUCCGUAAAAAUGCGUUACGGAAAUUCGGUCGGUUUUCCUUUUUUGGUAUUUUUGUUGUUAAUUGCCGUAUGCCGCUGUGGCCUUUUAAAUUUGUUUGAUGAGUGGGCCAACGCCAUUCAACCAAAGAGAUUUGAGGGCGUUAAUCCAGUGAAAUGUAGAGAAAAGCGAGAAGUGACGGUAGAAAAUGAGAUUACGCCGGAAAUAAGGAGUCCCGACCAGACACUGUCCCUUAUUGACAUAGAGGAAGGAAAACUCAUUCCAAACGACCAGGAAAAACAUGUCGAGGGAAAAGCGAAAAGCAAAAGGUGCCCCAAGGAAUAUGUUGGAAAAUCAAAUCCUUUAUUUUUGGACUCACCCUUGAUGGCGGCAUCUAGAUUUAGCUCAUUGGAAAAAAGAAAAUCUAUAAACCAUGAUGAAAUAUCUUGUGACAAAAAUGAUAUGGCUUGCAUAAAUAAUCUAAAAUGCAUGGAGUGUCAGAAAUUUUGCCAAGCUUCUGAACCAAAGCCAGAUGACAACCAGAUUCUUGAUCGAUCACCUAGAUUUGCCACAACAAACAAAAAAGAUGAGAUAUUUUCAAAAAUAAUGCAUCCGGUUGCAACCUACAAAGAAGGAGAGACGAAAGAGAUAAUUUCCAGAAUUGCCGGUAUUAAGAAUCUGGCAGAUGUAGAGAGCGUUAUUGUAUGGGUAACGACUUACUCUAACAAACCUCCCAAAAUUCUGGGAGGUAUUCUUCCAGAAAAUACCAAUAACGAACUUUCUCCAGUCGAUGAAAAGCUCAUCACAACUACACAAAAAGAAAACCUUAACUUAAGGCCAGAAAUGAAGCUCAGAUCAAGCGACUACGACGAUACAAACGAUCUUGGAUUUGUUGAAAAAAGUUCCAUUUCCAACCCUAAUGUUAUUGAAGGUCCACCACCAUUUAUGAGAAGCAGUAGUGACAUAAAUAAUGCACCACUUGGGCAAUCUGCUCCAAAAGAAGCUGAAAACAUAAAAGAUGAAAAGGGAAGUAAACUCGAUUCUCCUACGAGUGGUCAAAUCAUGGUUCAACCGAAAGAAUUUCAGCCUGAUGAAGCUAAUGAAGAUGAUCUAGUCGAAAAACAAAAUGCCCUCAAAAAUAAACUCAAUGACUUAAAAAAUUUUAGAAGCCCCUUAAAAACAUUAAAAUCAAAUACUAGACCCUCAAAAGGAGGUUUCUUCCAAAAUCUCUUUCUGCCUCGAAACGCGGAAAUUAUUUCUUCAAAAUCUUUAAAAAAGCCUACUGUACCAGUUGUGGUGUCUAGAAAUUCCCUAAAAAAUAAUACACCGGGAAAGUCUGACUUCAACGACGCUUUAAAAGAUGUAAAAAAUAUGCUUAAAUCAAUGCAAGAAGAUGCUAAAAAAUCUACAGAGGAGCGCUUACUAGGAGCAACACAUCCGCCUGAACAUCUUAUACAUAAAGCAUUUCCACCUCAUGUAGUAGCAAAUGUAAAAGAUGUUAACAAAUACUUAAUAGAUCGAGCCCAAGAUGCCUUGGAUACCAUUGGAACAUCCGAUAAUGAUAUAAAUUCCAAUACUGGAAAGCAUGAACAUUCACAAGUGACCAAAGAUAUUAUUACAAACUUCAAAAGGAUGCCUCAGUAUCUGCUUGGGAAGCUAAAAGAUACUUUUGAUGGACUGGAAAAGGUAUCGAAACCGAUUAUUGAGAAUCAGAAGCUUGGAAUAUCCGGAAGAACUGCUGAAGAUGCAAAUAAUCUGAAUGAUAAUGACAAUGAUUUAAUUGGAGCGCCAGCACAAAUUGUUCAAACUACUACAGCCAUUCCAGCAAAAAGUAAAUGGGAAAUUUACCAAGAAAAGUUAAAAGAGCGGCGUCAAAAAAUGUAUUCUCCUGAAAAAUAUCUAAAUAGGUUAAAUGAUAAACCAAGUCUCUUUAAAGCAACUGAAGAAAGUAAGAGAAAAGGAGAAAAUUUAACAAAUAAAAAUUUGUUUCAACCUUUUCCAGUGAACACACGGAAUGCAGCAACAAGUGCGACUGAUCUUACACUUGGAGAGGCAUUAACUACGAAAUCACCCAAUAAAUCUAUAUUGUUACCUACCAUCCCUACAAAGGACAAGCUAAUAAAUUACCUAAACAAUGUUAAAAGUAAGUCUCAAUCUACAACAAAUAACUCAGUUUUAGAUCCACUUGAAUUAAAAAAUAAUAAAGACUUCGGUCAGUCCUUACUCGGGGUAAUAGAUCCUGUUAAAGAAGAAGCAAAACCAGCUUUAAAAGAUAAACUGAAGAAUUUGGUGGAAGACAUGGCAGCAAAAACAAAUUUGAUGGAAGAGAAAGUUAAACAGCGCCUAGCCAAUAUUAAAAAGCCUUUGGCCUCUCAAAAGAUUGACGCUUCUGAAAUAAGAGCAGAAGAGCAUAGCAGUUUAUUAAAUAAGAGUGAAAAGCCUGUAACUAUAAAGCCAGAUGAACCAAAUAAUUUUGUUGAAGAGACUAGAAACUCGGAAGGCUUAGCAAAACCUUUAGACUCUCAAGAGCUUCAAACUUCAGGAUCACUAGUAGGAGCAGAUGAACCUCCGAAGUUUAUUGAAACGACUGUCCAAGAUGAUUUGUCUAAAGGGGAAAUUUUAAAGGAUAAUUUAAAAAAUUAUUUCGAAGAUAUGAGAACAAAAACAACAGCAAAAAUAGAUGAAGCUAAUGCUAAGAUUGAAGAUAAUGUUAGGCAAUACAUGGAGAACCUUAAAAAGCCAAUACCAAAGCAGGAAAUUCAACCCUUUGUAUCAGCCACCGAGCCUGUUACUAGAGAUAAUAUUUUAAAAUUAAUUGAAAACACAAAAUUAGAAAAUAAACGAAAGGAUCUUAAAUCGCCAUUUAUAAACCAGCCCUCGGUACAUAAUGAAAUAUUGAAACCCAACAAUUUUAAUAAAGGUAAGUUCGAGUCUAUAGGAGCUGAACCGGAUAAAAAGUCUCUUCUAAGAAAUAGGCUAAGGAAUUUUGUGGAUGAUCUUAAAUCUCGAUCAUCAUUACUAUCAAAUAGGUUUGGCGAGUUAUCAAAGGAUCGGCCAAAUAAGAACCUUUUAGCAGAUAAACUUAAGGAUCUUACGGAAGGGCUUAAGAAACCGUUAGAUGUUUACAACAUGCCUAGACUUGGAGCAGCAAAAUCUGAAAAUAUUAUAGCUGACUCCAAUCUGAAAGAGUCAGAACCUAAAAAAGCUUCUCUACGUGAAAAAAUGAAAGCAUAUGUAGAUUCCCUAGGUAAUAUACCACGAAGGAUGCCUGAUGUUCAAAGACCUAAUACCGCUGCCGAGUUUAUUAGACCCUCUAUGGAAAAAUCCGAUGAUGAAAAAUCUGCUGUAAAAAAUUCUUUAGAUACUGUCAAAAAAUUACCUGAUGAUAAAAAUUUGGAAACUAGUGUAUCAAGUCCCUUAGACAAUGAAAAGCGAGAUAACGAUAAUAUAGUGUUAGGAAGUCGAAGCGAUUUUAAGGAAGAAGAUGCAGUUAAAGAGUGGGCCAACAGUCUAGGUCAAAUUGUACAAUAUCCAUCCAAUCCAAAAGACAUUUUUUUCCUGGGAAACGGCGUUAAACUUCCAUUAAAAAUCAGCCAUGGAACGAAUGGUUCAAUGGAUCUUUCAGUGGAUUUGGAAAAACUUUGUUCGUGUCACAACUCAACCACUUGUCCAGCUAAUCAAACUUCCAUUGAUGAGACCGUUGGGACAAUUUUAGAAAAAGAAGCUGAACUGAAAGAAAAACUUGGUAAUGAAAAUGUUGAAAAAGUAAAAAAGUCUAAUGGACUUUUAAAUAAAAUGUUCAAAAGGUCAGUGUCUGAAGAUAUUCUAAAAACCACGUAUGACAAGACAGUCGAGCAACUUCAGAAGGGGGCAAAAAGUGUAGGAGAUGAGAUUGCAAAAAACAUAAUUCUUAAAAAUCCAACUUCAAAUUUAGCAAGUUUUGUUCACAAAACUGAUAACCUUGGCAGUAAAUUUUUAAAAGAACCACUUCUCAAUAAAAUAGAUAAUUCCAAUAACAUUCCCGAUAUUAAUGAAAUGAUAAAAAAAUAUGAAAAAGACCGAAUAAUGAAGAAAAUGUUGACUCAAAUGGGUACUAUACAAAAGAACCUGGAUCCUCAAGAAGAUUUGAAGAAGUUAACCAAGGAACUUGAACAAACUCAAACAGAUAUAUCUAAUAAAAUUGAAGAAAAUCUGGAAAACUUACAAAACCAAGUUAAAAUGCCUGAUUGGUAUCAGAAUAGCAAAAUUAAUUUAUUAAAAAAUAAAUUGAAACAAUUGGAUGAGAAAGUAUCUCAAUACAACACGGAAAAUGCAGAUGUACUUACUAAAAGAAUAUUAUGGCAACGGCCAAAUAAGGUAGUAGAAAAGGAACUUAACAUUAUAAGGAACAUAUUCGACUGGAUAUCUGGUUUUGGAAAAAGCGACAAAUAAAUUUUGAACUAAUUUUACUUUUAUAAUUUUAUACUUUUAUAUUUAUGUUGGGAUAUAGCUAAUUAAAUAUUUUAAAAUAA